UUCACUGCUCCUGUCAGCUUGGAGAUAACAUGUGUCUCUUGAUAGCUCUGCUCCUUUGGGUUCCAGUUGGGGGGCGAGUGGCAGACCCCACAAAGGCAGUGAUCACCUUGCAGCCUCCAUGGGUCAGUGUAUUCCAAGAAGAAAGUGUGACCCUAUGGUGUGAGGGACCCCAUCUGCCUGGGGACAGCUCUGCACAGUGGUUUCUGAACGGCACAACCAUUGAGACCCUGACCCCCAGAUACGGAAUUGCUGCUGCUAGUAUCAAUGACAGUGGUGAAUACAAGUGCCAGACAGGUCUCUCAGUGCCCAGUGACCCUGUACAGCUGGAAAUCCACAGAGACUGGCUACUACUCCAGGUCUCUGGCAGAGUCUUCACUGAAGGGGAACCUCUGGCCUUGAGGUGUCAUGGAUGGAAGAAUAAGCUGGUGUACAAAGUCCUUUUCUACCAAAAUGGCAAAACCUUUAAGUUUUCUCCUUGGAAUUCUGAAUUCACCAUUCUGAAAACCAACCUGAGUCACAAUGGCAUCUAUCACUGCUCAGGCAUGGGAAGGCAUCGCUACACAUCAGCAGGAGUAUCUAUCACUAUAAAAGAGCUAUUUCCAGCCCCAGUGCUGAGAGCAGACUGCUUGUCAUUCCACCUCCCAGAGGGGAAUCUGGUCAACCUAAGUUGUGAAACAAAGUUGCUCCAACAGAAGCCUGGUUUGCAGCUUUACUUCUCUUUCUACGUGGGAAACAAGACCCUGACGCGCAGGAACACAUCCUCUGAAUACCAGAUACUAACUGCUAAAAAAGAAGACUCUGGGUUAUACUGGUGUGAGGCUAGCACAGAAGAUGGGAACGUCAUCAAGCGCAGCCCUGAGUUGGAGCUUCAAGUGCUUUGCCUCCGGUCACCAACUCCUGUCUGGUUUCGUUUCCUUUUCUAUCCGGCAGUGGGGAUGAUAUUUUUAGUGGACACCGUUUUCUGUAUGAUAAUGCAUAAGAAACUACAAAGAAAGAAAAAGUGGAAUUUAGAAACCUCUUUGGACUCUGGUCACAGGAAGAAGGUGACUUCCUACCUUCAAAAAGACAGAUAUUUAGAAGAAGAGCUGAAAUGUCAGGAACAAGAAGAACAGCUGCGAGAAAGGACAUACCAAGAGAAGCCCUGAGAGGGUGGGCAGUGAGCCGUGCAGUGGGUGCCCAGAGAUCUAGACAGUCCCUACACCUCUUCUCUGUGUGAGGGCAGGGCACAAAGGUCCAAAAGUUGAAAGACCCUAGAACUGUGAGUCCCAUGGCAUCUAACUCUUAAAUAAAGCAAAUUAAUGAGGGGACGUCAUUGGA